AUGGCUGGGCAGCAGGUUUCACAAUUCGCAUCUGCCUUCCUCGCGCAGCCUGCCUUGCCUCUCUCCCACAUCCCAGCUGCCGGCGCCUCUUACAUUCAACAACACGGUCCUGGAAACUGGAGGGCUGUUCCUACUAACAUAGGUUUACUGAGAUGCAGCAAGAGCUGCCGCCUCCGCUGGACCAACUAUCUUCGGCCGGGCAUCCGCCGCGGCAAAUCCUCCUCAAGUUUCUCCACCCUAUCCAGCAAGUUAGCCGCUGUAGAAGCCGGCCCUCUUGAUAGCCCAACGCCGCAUAUCCUCCUCCAUUGCCGCCGUUGUAUCGCCGCUCCGGCAGCCAAGCCGCUCAUGAGAACCACGUACGCACCGCCACACCAAAACCCUGCUCCCCAACCACCCCAAACCCCCGCCCCUCUGCAGCCCGCAUCUCACUGCGGCAUAAACGCAAACAACUGCGGACGAUGCGAGGUUGACGAAUUCUAGAACGGAAAGAAAAGCGUCGAGAUCAAUGGAUUAGCCGGUUGGUUAAUCGGUUAAUCGAAGUAUAAACCGGUUCGGUUUUCAAUUAGGAAUAUGGGUGUUAAUCGAUUUCGGUAAACCGGUUCGGUUUUAACCAAACCGGACCGAUUACCAGCCCUAACAACCAGUCACGCCAAACACCCUUAAACUAGAACACACCCUCAAUUUCUGUCAGCCGUCGCCGCCUAAAAGCCCUAGCCCCUAAAUCGCGCCACCUCUCUGAGGGGAAAGGACCGCCGCUUGAAAGAGGGGGAGACAGAGAGAUGCGAGAGGAGAAGGAGACGGCGGUCGAGGCGCAACGGCGCCACCGCCGUCGACCGGAGAGUGCAGAGGAGAGGGAGAGGGUGCGACAGUUGUGUGUGUGUGUGUGUUUUUGUGCAUGUAUAUGUUUUAUUCAAGGAGGGUUUAGGUUUAGUUAGGAACUUUAAUUAAAUUAAUUAAUUGGACUUAAUUGAAGUAAUAUUUCCAUUUUGAGAAAGUGACCACUUUUAGUGGGACAAACCAAAAUGGAAAUGUGGCCACUUUUAUUGUAAACGAAUCGAAUCGAGUCGAAUAUCGUAAUUUCGUAUUCGUAUUUGAAUAC